AACAAUUCUGAAUAUUAUCCAUGACUAAAAUAGCUUGAAAGCAAAAACAUUAAGCCAGCAUAAAUAAAAGACUUUUGAAAGAGAAUCCAAACCAGAGUUGUCGUAGUAGUAUAAAAAAGACUUUUGGAAGACAACCGAAUACGCUGUCGUUUUCGAAGUAUGUUACUUUCGCUUUUAAUCCCACCCUCCUCCACUUACCGCGAUUCGAUGUUCUUCCGCUAAUCUAGCACCCAAACAUACAAAUCGAAUUAUAAAAUCUUAUAAAUAUAAAAAAAAAUCCAAAUCAGUUAACGAAAACACGGACGCGAAAUCAACGAGUUAAAAUCCACUUUUCUAUCUCCCUCUCGCGUCCGAUCUCCCUUUCUCUCUCCUCUCUACUCAUCCAAAACAAAAACAAAACAAGUCAACUCAUCUUGUCGGAAAAUUGCAUGUCUUAACUGUCCGAGAUGACUAUGACGACGGAGGAGAAACCAGCUUCGGAUGGCCGAGGAGGUUGGGGUUUCUUCAAGAUCCCGUUUCGAAACUCUAGCGGUCGAGGAAACGCCGCAUCGAGUGCCGCCACGUCUCCGUUUCCAUCGUCUUCUUCUUCUACAUCUUCUCAUCUCCAUAACCACCAUCACCACCACAACCACCACAAUCAUCAUCAGCUUGGCUAUAACGGGCCUCAUGGUGAUGGAUCGGGUCAAAAUCAAAACCCGACUCCUUCUCCUUCGGUAUCGUCUGUGGCUAAGUCGUUUCUGCCUACGAAACGCAGAUUGAAGCUUGAUCCGUCGGAGAAACUCUAUUUUCCUUAUGAGCCUGGGAAGCAAGUGAGGAGUGCUAUUAAGAUUAAAAAUACCAGCAAAUCUCAUGUAGCCUUUAAGUUUCAAACAACAGCACCGAAGAGUUGCUUCAUGCGUCCACCGGGUGCCAUUCUUGCUCCUGGAGAGACUAUUAUCGCCACUGUGUUCAAAUUUGUUGAGCCUCCGGAGAAUAAUGAGAAGCCAAUGGAUCAAAAGAGCAGAGUUAAGUUUAAAAUCAUGAGCCUGAAGGUGAAAGGUCCAAUGGACUAUGUGCCUGAACUGUUUGAUGAGCAGAAGGAUGAUGUGUCUAAGGAGCAAAUAUUGCGUGUUAUCUUCUUGGAUCCAGAACGCCCCAACCCUGCACUGGAGAAACUGAAGCGUCAGCUAGCUGAAGCAGAUGCAGCAGUGGAGGAAAGAAAGAAGCCACCAGAGGAAACAGGUCCAAAGAUGAUUGGAGAAGGACUCGUGAUCGAUGAAUGGAAGGAACGCCGAGAGAGAUAUCUUGCACAGCAACAAGGCGAAGGAGUUGACUCUGUCUAAGAAUGAACUAAGAAGAUCCUUCUCAGGACAAAAA